AUGACGUCACACACCACCGAUUCCCCUCCUCCCACUAAACACCGCAGCUGCCGCGGCAAAAGGAAACCUAACCCUGUCGAUGUAGAACCUCACUCCGAAACCGAACCCGACCUGCACCGGCCUCCUCGCCUCACCCGAGAACAAUCAUUGCGGCUGCCGACCGACCCUCACGUCCGGAUCGGAAUGUACGUGGCUCUUGCCCACGCCGGACUAGCUUUCUCACUCGCGCUCCUCUACGGCGUUACGAAGCUUCUAGGAGGCUACUGGCGUCCUAUCCAAUGGGCCAUUCUGUGUUCCAUGCCGCUCCGCGAGCUCCACACCGCUCUCGUCUCGUUCUGGUCUGACUCUCUCAAUCUAGGCCUCUUCGCAACCCUUAUUGCCAUCCCCCGUGCAGCCGUACGUGCCACCACCGCGUCCCUUGUCGACUCCCGCACUGCCAUUCGCCGGCUGCUGAAACGGCCAAGCCCGCCUCGCCCAAAAAAGAAUAUCAGCUUCUCGAAGAUUGUACAAAGGUUGAUCUCGUUUGCCCUAUUUGUGAUUAUUUAUGAGAACAUUGGCCUUUACACUCUCCCGGCAUUUUCAGUUGCUUUCUUUUUAGUUUAUGUUUCUGGUUACAGAAGCAUAGUGAUCGAUCCUAGUGUGGCUACUACACUUUCGGCACUUUCGCGCAGCGGUAGUAGGUUGAAACUGAGGAAUAGAAACAGGGUUAGCAGGUAUAUCACUAACUUUAUGCUCAAAAGGUUGAAUACCACGGUUGCUAUUGGCUUGAUCAUGGUUAUGAUAGUGGGGACUUUGUUUGGGAUGAUUUUCUUUUCGUAUAAGAUUGGAAUGGAAGGGAAGUUUGCUGUGAUUUCAAUGAAAGGGCACUUGGAACACCAACUAGAGCAGAACUACAACUAUGCGGAGAGGGUUGGGUUGAACAAGUGGAUGGAUGACAAUCAAAUCCCGGAGUUUAUUGAUGAUUAUGCGACGAAGUUUUACGAGACAGUGUUGCAGAAUAUCGAUUCUUGGGCAGCGGAUUACAAUGUCACUGAGAUUGUGGACAAUAUGAGGCAUUAUCUAAUUAGUAAUGAUUCUUCUCCAGUGGAUGUUAAGAGUAAUGGCAGUGUUGGUAAUGUUGAUCACGAGCAGAUCAUUAGCAAUAUCAACCAGCCUUUGUCCGAGAAAUUUCAUACCAUUCAAUCGAGGGUGAGGAAUAGAGAAUGGGGAGUGAUCUACAGGAAUAUUGAUGAUAUUUUUCAUUUUAGGGAAUUCUUGUCUUUGAUUGCUAAGGAAGACUUGGCAAAGAAAAUCAAAGCAAUUUUGUUACAGGGUUUGAACCUUUCAAGAAGGUUACUUACUAGUAGUACUACAGUUUUAGCAGGAGUAUUAAACCUAUUGUUGUUCAUGGCAGUCUCACUUGUUUCCGGUGCUGCUGGAUUGUUCAAUUUCAUCUUCGAACUGACAGUGUUUUUCUGGCUUUUGUAUUACCUAAUCACCACGGACUCGGGAGGUGUUAUGGAUCAUGUUUUGGGGAUGCUACCACUUUCAAGAUCGACGAGGGUUAGAUGUGCUCAAGUGCUUGAUCAUGCCGUAAGCAGUGUUUUGUUGGCCGCUGCUAAGGUCACAUUCUUUCAAGGAUGUCUUACAUAUUUCUUGUUUAGAUUCUACCAGAUUCAUUUCCUCUACAUGUCUACAUCCCUUGCCCUCAUGAGUGCCGUUUUACAAAUUACACCGAAUUGGCUUUUGUCAAUCCCGGCAGCGCUGCAACUGGGCAUGGAAGCGAAAUAUAUAGACGCCAUUUUGUUGACAUCAUUUCAUCAGAUACUGCUGGAAUAUGGAACUGCUGCUAUCCAAGAUGAGAUUCCGGGCCAGAAUUCCUACCUCACCGGCCUUAGCAUACUCGGUGGCAUUGCUCUUUUCCCAUCCAUGUUAGAAGGAGCAAUUAUGGGUCCUUUGCUGAUGACAGUCAUGAUUGCCUUCAAAAAUCUAUAUGUAGAAUUCGUUCUUGCUUCUGGACGUACAGUAGACCAGUGCUGA